ACCAGGCCGCAAGCGGAGGGUAGAAUUCAAUAUGGCGGAUCAGAGUUCACGUCUGGAUUCAGCUGCUUGUGGAAAGUUGCGUAUUUUCGUUUGCAAAUUCUGCAUCUUUGCAUUGAUUUUUGGGCAAUCGGUCUCGGGAAGUGAAAUUGACAACGAGCCAUACUUGGGAUCGGAUGAUUCCUGGUCUGUUUUCUUGACGAAAUGGUGGCAGACUUUGACGGUCACGUUGAUUUCAGCCAUUAUUGCUUGCUGUAGUGUUGUGUGGACCUUAAAAAUAGCUGCAUGCCCAUCAGAAAACGAGGAAGGUUUAAAUGAUAUCAAGAAUGCCCGUCCUGAGAUAAGAAUAAAUUCUGUGAAAAUUUUCUUUGCAACACAGACUGGAACAUCUCAGUAUUUCGCUAAAAGAUUGCAAUCAGCAAUAAAUCAACAGUUGCAAGUGACUUCAAAAGUUAUCAACUUGAAUGAUUAUGAUCCAGAUGAUUCAUUAACAACAGAGAUCAACCCUGGAACUUUGUGUGUUUUCAUUUUGGCCACAUACACUGAUGGGGAACCAACAAAUGAUGCAAGUUGGUUCUACAAAUGGCUUAGGGAGACUGCAUUUGAUUUUCGAGUUCAAAAAUCUAUGUUACUUGGUUUAAAUUAUUGUGUGUUGGGUCUUGGCAAUUCUCUUUAUGAAGAACAUUUUAAUUCUGUUGGUAUCAAUGUUGAUCAAUGGUUACAUGAUCUGAGUGCCAACAGAGUCCUGCCAAUGGGUAUUUCUGAUGAAAAUGUUGCAGAAAGUAAAAAUGGUGGCAAAGAAGAAGAUUUUAAUGCUUGGAUGAAGGUUUUAAUGAUGUAUCUCAAAGCAAGGUCAACUGGUGAGAACAAGUCUUGUUGUGAAGAUGAAAAUGCUUGUGAAUGCCAGAAUGAUAUGCAAGUCAAAAGUGAACUUUACGAAAGCAGCAGUGAGGGGGAACAUGUUGAUGAGGAUGACUAUUCCAACAGUGGUGAUGUCAUGGAUGUUGAGGAUCUGGGAACAGUUGUUAGUAAAAUGAAUGUGGCAAAGAAGAACAAGAUUAUUCAAGAACCAAAAGAAAUGAUUACUCCACUACUAAGAAAAGCCUUAACUAAACAAGGAUACAAGCUUGUGGGUUCCCACUCUGGAGUGAAGCUGUGUCGUUGGACAAAGUCAAUGUUGCGUGGCAGAGGCGGGUGUUAUAAACAUACAUUUUAUGGUAUUGAAAGUCAUCGUUGUAUGGAGAGCACUCCAAGUUUAGCAUGUGCUAAUAAAUGUGUCUUUUGUUGGAGGCAUCAUACAAAUCCAGUUGGUACGGAGUGGAGAUGGAAGAUGGAUGAGCCAGAUCAUAUUGUCAAUGAGGCAAUAAAAAACCAUCGAAAUAUGAUAAAACAGUUCAAAGGUGUUCCUGGGGUCAAGCAAGAACGUCUUGAAGAAGGAAUGGCUGUGAGACACUGCGCCUUGUCUUUAGUUGGUGAGCCUAUUAUGUAUCCGAAAAUAAAUGAUCUCGUCAGGCUGCUUCAUGAUCGUGGUAUCUCAACAUUCCUUGUGACCAAUGCACAGUUUCCAGAUGCUAUCAAGAAUCUCUUGCCAGUCACUCAGUUGUAUGUCAGCGUGGAUGCCAGUACUAAAGAAAGUUUAAAGAAAAUUGAUCGACCACUCUUCAGAGAUUUCUGGCCAAGAUUUUUACAAAGUCUUGAAGCCUUGGAGAACAAGGGUCAAAGAACAGUGUAUCGUUUGACAUUGGUGAAAGGUUGGAACGUAGAGGAGAUAAAGGCUUAUUCUAAGCUUGUGGAUCUGGGGAAACCAGAUUUUAUUGAAGUGAAGGGUGUUACCUACUGUGGAGAUUCCAAAGCAUCUUCGCUCACAAUGAAGAAUGUUCCAUGGCACGAGGAGGUUAUAAGCUUUGUAGAACAACUCACAGAUGCCCUUCCAGGUUAUGAAAUAGCAUCCGAACAUGAACAUUCUAAUUGCCUUCUAAUUGCCAAUACAAAGUUCAAAGUUAAUGGCAUCUGGCAUACAUGGAUUGACUAUCCUAAAUUUCACUCUUUGAUGAAAAAGUAUAACGAAUCGAAUGGUGAAGCCACAUUCACGUCAUUGGAUUACAUGGAAGAGACUCCUUCAUGGGCAGUUUUUGGAAACACACAUCGAGGUUUUGAUCCAAAUGAGACAAGAUGGAUGCGUAAAGGGAAGACUAAGGAUCUUUCAGGAUGCUAGCAUAAGUUCUCUGCUGUGGGAACUAG